AUGGGAAAGGGGCGGGGCCCCAAAGCAGAGGGGGAGGUGGCAACGACGCCUGCGCAGUGUGACCGGGAUGGCGCAUUUUCUUGCACCGAGUUAUGCGGUGUCGCUGGCGGCUGAGAAGGGCGGAGAGUUCUGUGGUGAAGUAGGGGGAGGGAUUUAUGUAGGCAUCAAGAGGCGCUUUAGUGUGAACUCUAAAGUAGAAGCUGAUGCUUGGUACUGCAACCCCUGGACUGGCUGUGUGAAAGUCGUGAUAUCAUCGUUGAACCUUUCGUCCUCUAGUGCGUUAGAAGGUACUUUCCAUUUCUUCACGUGUAUUGAACGCCCACCAUGUGGAACAACUGAUCAGCUUUGAAAUUUAAAAACAAUGGAGAAGACUCAAGAAACAGUCCAAAGAAUUCUUCUAGAACCCUAUAAAUACUUACUUCAGUUACCAGGUAAACAAGUGAGAACCAAACUUUCACAGGCAUUUAAUCAUUGGCUGAAAGUUCCAGAAGACAAGCUACAGAUUAUCAUUGAAGUGACAGAAAUGUUGCAUAAUGCGAGUUUACUCAUUGAUGAUAUCGAAGACAACUCAAAACUCCGACGUGGCUUCCCAGUGGCACACAGCAUCUAUGGAAUUCCAUCUGUCAUCAAUUCUGCCAAUUACGUGUAUUUUCUUGGCUUAGAGAAAGUCUUAACCCUUGAUCACCCAGAUGCAGUAAAGCUUUUCACCCGCCAACUUUUGGAACUCCAUCAGGGACAAGGCCUAGAUAUUUACUGGAGGGAUAAUUACACUUGUCCCACUGAAGAAGAAUAUAAAGCUAUGGUGCUACAAAAGACAGGCGGACUGUUUGGAUUGGCAGUAGGUCUCAUGCAGUUGUUCUCUGAUUACAAAGAUGAUUUAAAGCCACUGCUUAAUACACUUGGGCUCUUUUUCCAAAUUAGGGAUGAUUAUGCUAACCUACACUCCAAAGAAUAUAGUGAAAACAAAAGUUUUUGUGAAGAUCUAACAGAAGGAAAGUUCUCAUUUCCCACUAUUCAUGCUAUUUGGUCGAGGCCUGAAAGCACCCAGGUGCAGAAUAUCUUGCGCCAGAGAACAGAAAACAUAGAUAUUAAAAAAUACUGUGUGCAUUAUCUUGAGGAUGUAGGUUCUUUUGAAUACACUCGGAAAACUCUUAAAGAGCUCGAAUCUAAAGCCUACAAACAAAUUGAUGCACGUGGUGGGAACCCUGAACUAGUAGCCCUAAUAAAGCACUUAAGUAAGAUGUUCAAAGAACAAAAUGAAUAAUAUUAAGUUAUUCUUGACUGGUCCUGAUAGCUUGUUUUAGUUAAUGUUUUUUGUUGUUAUCUUUUAGUCUUUUAGCCUAUCACCUUUUUAAAAAAAUUUGGUCCAAGCUGUUAUUCUCCAAAAACUAUAGGGGAGAUGUGAAUUUGUUUCAAUUUAGAAACCCAUCCGUACAGAUCAUAAUACAAAGUUGAAAAAAUUAAAAGGAGCCACAUUUAUAUAGGUCUAAUUUGAAUGUCAGAAAUUGCUAUGGCAGGAUAUUGUGACCAUCUCUGCCCUACAAAUGUGCUGUUGAUUCUGUCAAUAAAAAAGACUUCAGCUUCCAGGAAUUUUUAUCCUGAUACUUCUAACUGUA